AUGCCUGGGGUGACACUCGAAGAUCCCUUUCCGAUCGCUCGUUUCCACAAUGCCAUUCCUUCAGCUGGUGUUGGCAAGCACUUUGUGGUCGAUUUGCAGCCUGUCGAUCAGCCACUUGCCACCGAAGACGAUCUUUCAGAAAACCAAGAUCAAGUGCUUAUUUCUGUUCAAAGUGAAGGUGUCAAGCUCUACACUACGGGUGAUCAAAAGUGCCUAAAAUCGUUCACCACACCUCCCGGCUUGGUCCUUGCUCAACCUGCAGUUCAACGUACGAUUGAUGAAACCGACUAUACGUUCGCAUUGGUAGCAUCAGGCACAGAUAUCCCUGAGAAGGAAAGGAAUCGAAUCGUGUGGAUGUGGAAGAGCACUCAAAAGAGCAAUGAUACGGAUAACCGUGUGAGCAAAACGUUUGAUGACCGUAUCCACAUGUUGCAUGUAUCAUCCGCACUCACAUCUCAAAUCAUCCUUGUCAACGAAAACGGAUCCAUCGUUCUUGCCAACAAUGACCUUGAUCGUAUCCUUGCCAAAUCAUCUCAUACCAGUGCUGGUCCUGUUGUAUGGUCUACUGUUUUCGUCACUUCUAAUCCUCAUGCACGUCCUUGCUGCGUAUCCAACUCGCUUGUCCCAGUCAAUUCCACCAUCAUUCUCACCAUCAACGCUGAUCGCAAUAAUGCAAAUCGCUACACCGUCAAUCUAUUUUAUUGCAACGUGGAAAGAAGAAGUAUCGAUCCAAUGGUUAAGAUUGAUCUUACGCUCAAGGAAAAACCUGUUGCAUUCACAUUUGAUCCUACCGAUGGUCGCAUUACAGCGUUGGGUGCUGCUGGUACCUGGAUCGUUUGGCGCAUGCAAUUGAGACACACAUCGGUUCACAAGGUUAUUGGUGACAUUGAAGCACAUUUGUCGAUGCAAUUAUCUGGAUAUCAAUUAUACAAUGACAAGCUGGGAAGCAUUGCUUCGCUUGCUACGCUCGAUGAUAGCUAUGUUGCUCUGGUGGCCCCAAGAAUCAAAAAAGGCACCGAUGGACCCGAACAUGUUGUCAGCAUCUGGGAUGUCAAAUAUGGCACUCUUCAAGCUGAGCGCAGCCUUCAACUCGGGGAUAAGACGGCCUAUGGCAAGGACAAGUGUGUGUACAGCAUCUCUGUAUUACCCAAUCAUCAUUUGGCCAUUAGCGUGUCGUCUGUUGCAACGGGUGCUAACCCAGGCAAGAAAAAGGUCAAAGCCAUGGCCGAUGCCAAGUCAGUUGUUGUACUUUGCCCAUACUACAAUGAACCCAUCUCACUUAUGGCGGCUAUGGGCAAGAUGAAUGCUACCGUCGAUUUCCUUGGUAACAAUGACACAAUUGGUAUGACCCAGAGUGGCUAUGAAGGAGUUGGUCGACCCAUCAAGAACCUUAAUAUGAGCGUGGAUGACAUUUACGCAAAUUGGGUGCAGGAUCUCGAUCAAUCACAGCAAAAGGAAAAGGAUUUGAUCAGCAAACUUCUCAAUCCAAGCAUCACUGUUGAAGAGUUUACGAAUGUAUUCUUUGGAGGUGCCGCUGGUAACAAACCUGAGAUCGCAGAGAAGAAUGCAACGGAGAUUCGCAAGUACAACUUAAUCCUGGCCGAAAAGAGUUGGCAAAAAGUCAAGGCUGAAUUCUCGUAUCACUUCAUUUCGACCAUUUUGCCAAAAUGCUUUUCAUCCCCAUCAUUUUGGCCUCUGGAGGUCUUUUUAUACCUGCUGCAAACAGGACAAGUGCGAAGCAGUUAUUUGAGUGGAGGCAUCGUCAAUUGUGUUUUGGAACGUGGUGAUUGGGCCUUAAUAUCGACGAUCCUUCAUCGCGUACCUGAUAUCCCAGAGAGUGACUUGAUCACUGUGCUCAAGGCAUUUAUCAAAGCACGCCGUUCAAAUACGCUUUCAAGUGAAAUUGCCAGCACACUCUUUGCCAAGAUCAUUGAUUCUCCUCAUAAUGACAUUUUCAUGCAACAAGCUGUCAAACGAUUAGAGGCUGCGGAGCUUGCUGAUGUACUCGAUCUGAUCAAUGACGAACUUGAAUCGCUGUCAGCCAAGGGCAAGGUGCAAGCCUUUUAUAGCUUGAUUGAAUUCGUCAGCGGUGUGCUUGACACGCACUAUCCAGUGAUCAUCAUGGAGCCUUCUCUUUAUGACAAGAUUGCCACACUGCAAGACCUUAUUGAACGAGAAGCUGCUAUGGCAGAAACAAUGGAACGAGUACGUGGUUUGGUGCGACCCUUUGAACGUAAACAGCGCAUGUUGGCAAUGGAGAAACAGCAAACGGCAUCUCAUAAAACACCUCGACACAAGGAUCACAGUGAUCAAGGCAUACCGGCUUAUAGAGUGGAGAUAUUCCAAUUCUAA